AGCUGAGCUCAGGAUAACAGCGCCCGUCUGCGGACAGCCUCGACUGCUCCCCACAUCACUGAGCAGAAUCAGCGGAGAGGGAGAGCAGCAGGUCUCCGACAUGGCUAAAGAAGGAGCAGACAUGACAGAGGAAACCGAGUAUAUGAUAGACAGAAACGCGGGCAAAGAGGCGGCCAGCGUGGAAUCGCCUUCCAACGCCAAAGAAAUGCGAGCGGUGGUCCUGGCAGGUUUCGGAGGUCUGAACAAACUCCGGGUUACCAGGAAGGCAAUGCCCGAGCCCCAGGAUGGUGAAGUGAAGAUCCGCGUCAAAGCAUGUGGCUUGAAUUUCCUGGAUUUGAUGGUACGUCAGGGGAACAUUGAUAAUCCUCCAAAAACUCCCCUUGUUCCUGGAUUUGAGUGCUGUGGAAUAGUGGAGUCUGUGGGGGAAAACACGCAGGGAUUUGAGAUAGGUGACAGAGUUAUGGCGUUUAUGAACUACAACGCCUGGGCCGAGGUGGUUUGCACACCGGUGGAUUUUGUUUACAAGAUGCCAGAUGAAAUGAUGUUUGCAGAGGCGGCAGCAUUCUCCCUGAACUUUGUGGCCGCCUAUAUGAUGCUCUUUGAAGUCGCCAGCCUGCGGGAAGGAAUGUCGGUGCUGGUCCACUCAGCUGGGGGUGCAGUGGGACAAGCUGUGGCUCAGUUAUGCUCCACUGUGCCUAACGUAACUGUGUUCGGGAUCGCCUCCUGCUUCAAACACGCUUCCAUCAAAGACUCCGUGACGCACCUCUUUGACAGAAACACGGACUACAUCCAAGAAGUCAAAAAGAUCUCUCCAGAUGGAGUUGACAUUGUGCUGGACUGCCUGUGUGGAGAAAACACAGGGAAAAGUCUGAGUCUACUCAAGCCGCUGGGAACCUACAUCCUCUACGGCGCAUCCAACAUGGUAACUGGGGAAACAAAGAGCUUCUUCAGUUUUGCGAAAUCUUGGUGGCAGGUGGAAAAGGUGAACCCGAUUAAACUUUAUGAGGAGAACAAAGUCAUCGCGGGAUUCUCUCUCCUCAACCUUCUCUUCAAACAAGGAGGAUGUAAUCUUGUAAAAUCAGUGAUGGACAAACUCUUGAGUCUCUAUAAACAGAAGAAGAUCCGGCCUCUAGUGGACUCCCUGUGGGCGCUGGAGGAGGUGAAAGAGGCCAUGCAGAGAAUUCAUGACAGAGGCAAUAUUGGGAAACUUAUCCUGGACGUUGAGAAGUCUCCCACCCCUUUGAUGGCCAACGACAGCACAGAGACCAGCGAAGCAGGAGAGGAAGAGGAGGAGGCCGAAGGAGAUAAUGACAGCAAGGAACGGAUGCCUUUCAUACAUUAGGAUCGAAGUAAGCCACUGCUGUUCACCUAGAGACUGCACAGAUAUACUACGGAGGAACCCAACCAGUGUGCAUAUAUGUCUGCAUGUCCUGUGUGCAUGUAUGCAUAAAUGUAUGGAUGUCUUUGUGCUUUUUUGUCUGUUACCUAUUACUUGUUAGUAGAUGGGGAAAAGAAGAAAUAUAACCUGUUUGUAGUGCUGGAGCCAGUAUCUUACUUUUUGCUGUAUAAUGAUGUAAUGCCAGUAUUUUUUGCGCGUUUUAUAAAUUAUAAGUCAGCCAACAGUAUGCUGAAUUAAGAAACAAGAGUGCGGAAGCAUGGAAACCUGCUGAAACGGUCAUAUUUCUGCUAAGCACGGCAUAUUUAGUAACAUUUUUCAGUUGAUGAAACAACUGAAACACGUAUAUCUUUUUGUUUUAAUGCUGACCGAGGAUGCACAGUGGUAUAGACACUCCUGUCUGAAGUCCAGGUUCGUGUGACGCAAAAUACGAGAUCACAAUAAAUCUUUUCAAAACUUUUUUUUCCAUAUGUCCCAUUCCCUUCGACUGGGAAACAAGCAAAUUUGCGAGGGGGAAAUUUUAUAAAAGUAAUAUGGCUACAAUAACUGGCAAAUCUGCACACCCGCACGCUAAUACUUAGUUGAAGCACCUUUUGAAUUUUAUUGUACUAUUGAGCUGUCUUCUAUAGGAGUGCAUCAUCAUCCCACAUCUUGACCUAGCUGUAUUGUUCUUCCUGUUGUCCAAAUCUAUCAGAUUGUGAGGAUAUAUCAUGUCCACAGCCUUCGUUAACUAGCUCGAGUGACUUUCUGUCACAUUUAGCUGCAGACCACUCGAAAAUCCAGAAGAAGCCUGUCUGUUGUUCAUUUGGAUCUUUGCCUGGUCUUACUGUGGUACUAAAGAAUAACAGCCCUGUUCAUCUUCAGAUUCCUCCCAAACAUCUGAAGGUUCUGGUCCAAACUGACUGGUUUUCAGAACUGUUCAUGAUUUCAUCCAUCAUGACAGAAAACAGUUUGUUGUGACAGAAAGUAACCCCAGAGCAUGAUGCCGCCACCCCCAUGGUUGUACCAAACAUGCUUUUUUGAAUUAUGUCCAAACACCAAGAGUUUGUAAAGUUGUUCACCAAUUCUUAAUGACUAACUGUGCCAUGUUCUAAAAUGUUUUGGGGUUUUAUUGUAUUCCUUUCCUGUCUGAAACGUUUGCAAAACAAAAUCUUUUGUGAUUUCUCUGCAAACGUUUAACUAAAAGGAUGCAAAUGUCAGGAGAAUCCUGCCUGGACAACUGAACAUUUUGUAAAUUAAUCUGAUUAACUAUAGCUGAUGGCAGGCGUGAACUCAAGCCAUAACCCUGAUCUUUCCUUAAAAAGGUGCUUCAAAAACAUAUAAGUUUCAGGGUGUGGAUGUGAAUGGAACCAGGUUUGCAGUUAGGUUUUUUUCCUCCCUAAAAUAUUUGUUUGUUUUAUAGUUGAAGUGUACAUAUUAAAGCUAGAGACGGUUUUAAACGAGUCACUUAAAUUGUUUACAUCCCCAAAAAUCGUACCUUUUUAAGUGGAGCAGAAACACUUUUGAAAGCCACUGUACAGCAUAUCCUUUGCUCAUAUGAUAACAUAAAGUGCCAACAGGAGAGCCAGAAAAGCUGGUGUGUGGGGAUUUGCACAAUAACUUCUAACCGAGGAGCCAUCCUUCAUAUACAAAAGGAGCACCAGUGCCUUUGAGCUACAAAUUAGUGUUUUUAUUAUGUCCACAUGUGCAGCUUGAAAUAAAACAAUAACAUAUAUAUUUUGGCUUUAAAAAGGUAAAUUAUCUUCAUAAGAAGAUGAAGUCUUUCUGGUUCCGCAGUGUGCUGCUUGAUUCCAAAUUGAUCUAUUUUUACUGAACGUGACUAACAUACAAGACUUGACAUGGAGUCACCCUUAUUAUUGAGUCAUAUUUGACACAUUAAGGUUUAGUGUAACACACAUAUAUCUUGCAGACUAAAUGCAAGAGAGCAGGUGAUAGUUACUGCUCCUGGAUUUUCAUGAAGUAGCCAGUCGGACUGGAGCCGAAGGUGUGUGGAGUCUCUGUUCUCCUCGUCUGACCAAAGUUGUUUACUUUUUGGUGCCUCGCAACAAAAGUGCCAUAAUACUUAGAGAUGAACUAUUUUUACUGUGAAAGCUAAUGUAGGUUUGAUCAGCACUGUGUGUUAUAUUGCUAAAGUAUAAGAAGCUAUCUGCAAGUUGUUCAAAAUUCUUCCUCGCCUGUGCAGGUGAGCGUUUUGGUUUUUAGUUUCUACUGUAAAAACAACAUGUUUUUAUUUCCCCGUUUUGCACGGCCCUGCAUCCGCGCUGCGUUUUUAAAAUGAGCCGGUUGUCGAAAUGAUGCAUCGUUUUAUACAGACCAAAUUUUCUCAGCUCAAAAGAAAAUGUAACUCGCCAUUGCAUUUUAAUGUUUUAAAAUGCAUCAGCUUCGCAACGGCUAUAAAAACAACAGCUGGUAAAUCCUGCAACUCUUGAACGCGUGUGAAACAGUAUUUUGAAACUAGUGCACAGUCAAAGUGAUGACAUGUUUUAGAUCUUGGAACUAGGAAGAAGAUCUUACAGUUUUGCUGCCUUUAAUGCCAUGUCUGUGUGAACGAGUGUGUGUCUGUGACUGAAAGGGUACGUGCUUUUUGGGCGUGUGUGUUGUUGUGUUUCCUGGUAAAAAAAAAAGACAAAACUAAAUCUGUGCAAAGAUAUUCCGCACAGUAGUGUAUUUACAGCGGUCUUUUUAAACAAUGGUCCAAUGUUUUUGUCACAGUUUUUGUGUAUUUUCUUUGAGCACGGCUCUGUUUACUUGAAUAAAUUUAUCUGCAAAGAACA